AUGAAAGUCGACGACAUCCUCAAUCCUGUCACCCCGGCCAACCUAAAAUUGGGCCACAGAACGCCAGUAGCAGGUCGAUUCGAUCAGGCUGAAAGUAAUGCCCACACGUAUAACUCCGGGAUGAGAGACCAGACGAAAAACCUAGGACUUCGGCCACAGGAUGAACCUAGACUGGAUCGGCCACCCUGCUACUGCCGAGUCGAGGACCUUGACAAGCAGAAUAUUGGCUACCCGAUGUCGAGAUAUCCACACAAUAGCAUUACUGAAACCACGGAAGUUUCCUCCACUAGUUACCCAGUGCCAAAUGCCUCGAGAUCUAUGGUACACUCUGUAAUGCCAACGUCAGACAAGGUCGCUCACCCGCCGACCAUGCGAGCGGACCCAUCACUCCGCAACGAACUCGCCCCCUCCCCAAAGCAGGAUAAGGCAGGACGCACGGUACACACUUUCCUGGAUGAGGAGGGACAUCACAAACAAUACUAUAUCGCGUGUCAUGCUCCAUCAUGUCCGUACCUUGGAUUCAGAACGAUAGCGGAGAUCUUGAGUCACUUCGCAAGGGUCCAUCGUGAAUUAUUCGUUGAUCAUGUCGAGAGGCUCGAUGCCGGAGGUUUCGUCCUUGCCAUUCCAGAAGCUCGGGUUCAAGGUCAUGAGCAGGAAUAUGGACUGGGUUCUGCUGGUAUUCUGACCCUGCGGUGUCUGUCUGAUGAAUGUCAAGAGCGGAAAUACUUCUCUGUUGGACCUCUUCGAAGUCACCUAACCAGAGUGCAUCGAAAAAUCCUCGGCCUGCCUGCUGGAACGCAAGCCAAAUGGAUGGCUUGGCAGCCUCAACUAAAUAUCCAUCAAGAAAUCGACCUGCCUCAAGCUCUUGGGGCCGGUUCCACUGCUUCAUUAUCGGUGAAGACAGUCAACCAAGCGGCGCUUCUUGAUGGUGACUCCCAUGGACUGCAUCCUGGCGCAAUGCUGGCAAGCGUCACGAAGACGCAGAAAAGGAAAUGGGAGCUAAUCAUCGAAAUCAGCAGCGACGAGGACAAUGCCGGUGGCGAUAGAAUUCCCUUGAGUCACCACCAGCAGCCGCUUAAACCCCGAAAAAAGGAGACAACGAUUUCUUAA